AUGACCGUUUCAGGUUAUGGGAAAAUGUAUCUACUUCAAAUCGUCAUAUUCUCACUAGUAACUGCAUAUUGUCGUUCAGCACUCUAUGAUGAUUAUAGACAUGCACAAUUUAUCCGAGACUGGGCUGCUCAUUGCGUCGACAAAUAUCUGCCAAAGUAUGAUGCUCAAGAAGUAGGACCAGAAAUCAGAAAAUGCGAUACAGAGCGAUGCGUAUACUUCAUGUACAAGUACAUCGCUGACAAUCUACCUGAGAAAUUCCUUGAGUUUGACAUUUGUUUCGAGACCAACACUGCCAGAAAGUCAUCCAGAUCUCCAUCAACGAACCCGGAACAACAUUACACUUCUAGAAGUUAG